AUGCCGUCAGAACACUCUCGUUCGUCCUCGGGCUCAUCGGUCACAUCCGUUCCCACAAUUAACGUCAAGUAUGCCCCUCCCCAGCUCAAGAAGAAUCAGUUGAAUUCAACCUCCAACAACGAGCUGCUAGAUAUCUCUAACGGUACUUCCCGGGAGAAAAGUCCUUCAAGGGAGAGAGACUCCAGGGGGAAAAGCCCUGGAAGAAACGGCAAGCGUGGUAAAAGUCCCUCUGGUGAUAAGCUCGACCCUCCUAAAAGUCCAAAUUCCAGUAGAUCCAGGAGUCGCUCCCGUUCAAAGAGUCCACGUAACAAAAAGGAAAAUGAAAGAAAUGAAAACUCAAAAAACAGUAAGUCCACUCAAGAUGCACGAGUUAAUUUGAAUCUCAACGUCGCUCCGUGGAUUGCUCCAUCAGCCAAGACUUCCGGUGGUAGUAAGAGCAACUCGAGGAGCUCCCGUUUAAGUCUGCCUCCUAACUUUUCCGAAAUUAACAUGAACGCAAUACGCGAGAGUAAUGAACGCUGGGAAAGACUCAAUCAUGUCCCCAACGAUAGUAAAGACGGUGGCAAAAAUGGGAUGGGUAAUUUCUCCAAACCCGUUCCCCUUCGAAUUGCACCUCUCAUACGUCCAAAAAUUGUCACGGACAUGAACAACUUACAGGGAGGUAAAUCCAUGCAAAGGAAUCCGUCCGGUCAACUCACCGGAAAACUAACCGAAUCUCCCUUGGUGGUCGACGCCGGAUUCCCUCUGAUGAGGUCCAGAAGUUAUAAUUCUGCUAUUAACGAAAGUCAUCGCGUACACACCGAGUUUUCGAGGGAUUUGAAGCCGCAUCCUCUUCAGCAUUCAUGGACAAUGUACUACGAUAGUAAACCGGCAAUGACUCCGGGACCAAAAACGCCGACCGGAAAGAUUUCAUACGAAGAAAACCUACAGACCAUUGGUACAUUUAACACGGUCGAAACAUUCUGUCGUUACUUCAAUUGGGUGAAAAAGCCUAGUCAAUUGGAGUUAAAUACCAAUUUCCACAUAUUCAAAGACAAGAUCAUGCCCAUGUGGGAGGAUCCCGCAAAUGCUAAU